AUGGCGUCCAUGAACGGAGAUGAUGCUCCUGAAGAAUGUUUAUUUCUUAGGGUACAAGCAGAGAAUAACAGUACUCUCAAAGGUAUAAAAAAUAUCCUAUUUAAAAUUCGAAAAAAUUCAACGCUAAUAAAUCUGAUGGAAGCCUAUUGUGAAAGAUCUGGUUUAGAUGUGGGUGCAGUGAAAUUUCUAUUCAAUAAUCAUACAAUUACCGACCUUGAUACUCCAGCAUCAUUGAAGAUGGAAAAUAAUGAUACUAUAAAAGUCCUUUCAAAGAGAAUUGUAUGCAAGUUAUGUAAGCAAAGUAGUUGCCUGGAAUUGCAACCCAACGAUUCCAGUAACAUAUAA